AUGCAAGAUUAUAAAGAUUGUGGGCAUCUCUUGGAAGUGAAACCUCCAUCUGAAAAUCUUGGUAAGUUUUACUAUAUUCCCCACCAUGGUAUAUUGCGGCCUGAAUCCGUGACUACUCCUCUUCGUGUUGUAUUUGACGCCAGCGCUAAGGAUACUAAUGGUAUCUCCUUAAAUGACACUCUUUUAUCUGGUCCUAAGCUUCAGUUAAAUAUUACUGAUUUAUUGUUGCGUUUCCGUUGUCACGCUGUAGUGUUUACAGGUGACAUUAAACAAAUGUAUCGUCAAAUUUUGAUUUCUGAUGAGGAUUCGGAGUAUCAACGUGUGUUGUGGCGAUCGUCUCCUGAUGAGCCUAUUCGUGACUAUAAACUCCUUACAGUCACAUAUGGCGUAUCUUCUGCUCCUUAUCAAGCACUCCGCACUAUUGCUCAAAUCGCUGAGGAUGCCGCUGCUGAGUUUCCAACGGGAUCAGCUGUGCUUAGCCGUGAUAUUUAUGUUGACGAUGUUGUGUCAGGAGCUGAUUCCAUCGAAAAGUGUUUAGUCAUAAGAUCAGAACUAACUAAAAUAUUGUCGUUGAAUGGGUUCCAUUUACGAAAAUGGACUUCUAACCACAAAGCUUUCUUGAAUGAUCUCGAUUCAUCUGAUUUGUAUUCAGAGGAAUUUAAGAGCUUCGAAGAGACUUCGGAUAUCACACUUAAAAUUUUAGGGCUUUUGUGGAUACCAAAUUUAGAUUGUUUUACUUUUAGGGUUGCUGAAUUUGAAGAAAGGCGGCUCACGAAACGUGUCAUACUAUCAGAUAUUGCGCGUAUUUAUGAUCCGUUGGGUUUUCUCGGUCCUGUAACAUUUUAUGCUAAGUUUCUUAUGCAAUUACUCUGGACUUCAGGUGUUUCUUGGGACAGCGAUGUACCCCUGGAAAUAGCUAAGCAGUGGUCGAAAUUUAAAUCACAACUUUCGUCUUUGUCGUCUAUUUCAAUUACCCGUCGUAUGAUAGGUUCUUUCGUCUCCGUACAACUCCAUGGAUUCUGUGAUGCUUCAGAACGUGGAUAUUGUGCUGUUAUUUACUGUCGGUCUGUCGAUACAAAUGGUCAUUAUUCUGUUGAAUUUUGUUGUGCAAAAACUAAGGUUGCACCACUUCGUAAAUUAUCGUUACCUCGACUGGAAUUGCAAGCUGCAGUUUUGUUAGCAGAUUUAAUGAGUUCGGUGUUAAGUGCUUUAAAACCUCUGUGUGAAAUAAAAGAUAUCGUUGCUUGGUCUGACUCUAGUGUUGCUUUGUCGUGGAUAAAAUCCUGCCCGUCCAGAUGGCAUACAUUUGUUGCUAAUAGAGUUAGUCACAUUCAGGAACUUAUCUCUCCUGAUUGUUGGCGACAUGUCAGUACCUAUUUUAAUCCUGCGGAUGUCGGAUCACGUGGCAUUUAUCCAGCUGAGCUAGCUAAGAAUGGGAAUUGGUGGAAUGGACCUAAAUGGCUUUCGGAACCAGACGAAAACUGGCCGGAGUCUACAUUAAUUCCAUCUUCUGCUGAUGUGCAAGCAGAGCAGAAGAUUAUGUGUCUUCAUACUUCUUCUGAAGUCCAUUUUAUUGACUACUUAAUAAAUAAAUUCUCGUCGUUAUCAAAGUUGAAACGUGUAUUGUCGUUUACUUUUCGAUUCAUUCAUAAUUCUCGUAAAAACAAUUUUGAUAAAAUUUUUGUUGGUCCUUUAUUGUCGUUAGAAAUAAACAAAUCUUUAAUGUUUUUGAUUAAACACGUGCAGUUACAUACAUUUUCUAAGGAAAUUGAUAUGAUUAGGAAUGGUCGGUUAAAUUCUCUUCCCAAAAACUUUCGUAAGUUGUCGCCAUUUCUGGAUGAUGCUGGUUUCGUCAGGGUGGGCGGACGCUUGGCAAAUGCUAAAGUAGAUUAUAGUAUCAAACAUCCCCUUCUAUUACCUCGCAAUCAUCGUCUCACACAACUUAUAAUUGAAGAUUGUCACCAGAGAUUUAUGCACCCUGGUGCACAGACUCUCCUUAAUAUUCUCGCGCAAAGUUCUUGGAUUUUGUCGCCGAAGAGAGCGAUUCGUUCUGUGAUCGCUAAUUGUGUAAAUUGUUUUCGUGUUAAACCUCAACCAGCUCCAACUCCUCUUAUGGGAAAUCUGCCUACAUAUCGUGUUAAUCAGAUAAAACCCUUUUCGAACGUUGUGGUUGAUUACGGGGGUCCUUUUGAUAUUGCAUUAGGUCGGGGUCGUGGCGUAAAAACGUAUAAAGGUUACAUUUGUGUUUUUAUUUGUGCUGCCACAAAAGCUAUCCACAUCGAGUUGGCGUCGGAACUUUCUACUGAAGCCUUUUUAGCUGUGUUGAAGCGGUUUAUCGCGCGAAGAGGUCGUUGUAGCCAUAUUGUGUCGGAUCAGGGGAGAAAUUUCGUUGGGGCUAGCAAUUAUCUUGACUCGGUUAUGAAAAAGGUAACAGAAACUCAGGAAAUUAAAUUCUCGUUAAGCCCUCCUGGUAGUCCACACUUUAAUGGGUUAGCAGAAGCGGGUAUAAAAUCGGUGAAAACUCAUCUAGCUCGAGUUAUUGGUCUUCAAAGAUUAACCUUUGAAGAGUUCUAUACAGUUUUAACACAAAUAGAAUCUAUGUUGAAUUCUCGACCUCUAUCGCCUAUUAGCUGUGACGCUAAUGAUCUGUCGGUUUUGACACCAGGUCACUUUCUGACAUUAGAACCCUUGUCGUCCCUUCCAGAAGAGAAUAUUACUAAUCAAUCUAUUAGCGUUCUCCAACGAUGGAAGUUAGUUCAAAAAAUGCAUCAGGACUUUUGGCGCCGUUAUCAACGUGAAUAUAUUCAUACGCUUAAUCAAAGAGCUAAAUGGAACAAAAAUUACACUAAAAAUUAA